CAGAGAAAGGGAAAAGCACGCAGGCAGGUCGCUUUCUCUUUCUGCUCUUCUUUCUUUUUUAUAUUUUUUCUCCCCCUCUUUUUUCUUUUAUUAGAACUUAUGCCAACUGAAAAUAAUAACCACGCAGAAAAGGCUCAAGAGCUUCACAAAGCUAUUGACCAAUUAACUGGUAGUCUUCAUCACUUUGCUGAUCUCCUAUUUGGUGCCACCGCUUCUCCAGCUGCUGAUACCAAGACAGUCAAAAAGAAGGCCGAAAAGGAUCCUAACGCCCCUAAGCGUAACUUGUCUAGCUAUAUGCUCUAUACCCAAGCUGUACGCCCCAAGGUCGCUGCUGAACAUCCUAAUAUGAAGGCUAUUGAAAUAGCUAAACUUGUAGGUGAGAUGUGGAACAAACUAUCAGAAAAGGAAAAGAUGCCUUUUAUAAUGCAAGCUGAAAAGGAAAAGCAGCGUUUCGAAAAGGAAAACGCUUCUUACAAGACUACCUUGUCUAACGCAGAGGAGAAUGUUACGGCAAAGCGUAAGGAAAGUCCUGUUGAAGAACAACCAGAAAAGAAGACCAAGAAGAAUAAGAAGGAAAAACAUGCUCACAAGUCUGAAAAGUCUAAUGGCUCUACUGAUAAAAAGUCCAAGAAAAAGAAUUAAGCAAAGGAAACUGAAAUAAAUUAUGAUAAUAAAAAAGCGUGCGGUGGGAUAACGAGAUCGACAUUAUCAUGAUAGAUUAUGCACAUCUUACACUUGUGUGAUUUUGGAUGUGGUUUAGUAUUCGGUAAUAUCAACACAUAGUGCUUCUAUUGCCGAAUUGUAUGGUGUUAUUUCCAGCUGUUUUUUUAUUAAUGCUCUUUGAAGAGAUGUCUCGUAAAAGUUUUAAAUACAUUCAACAACGCGUGAUCUUUUACAAAAUUGCUGGGUAAAUAUGAUCGCCUUAGUCCCAGGCCAUAUAUAAGUAAGGACUGGUCCUACUAAUUAAUGUCAGAAGUACCUCUCUCCCUGAAGU